AUGGCAGAAUCACCAACAGAAACGCCGCCGCCGGCGACUCCAACUUUCCUCAGGCUAUCUUACCCUGCGCCUCGGGUCCUCCUCGUCCGCAUGGACAGACCCAAAGACCUCAACGCCAUGUCCACAGCCGCGCAGUGGGAGAUGGACUCGGUAUGGAAGUGGUUCGACCAAGAGCCGAAACUCAGCGUCGCCAUUAUCACAGGCACGGGAAGAGCGUUCUCCGCAGGGGCAGAUCUCAAAGAGUGGAACAACAGCAUGGCUGACGACGCCGACCCAAGCAAACGGAUGGGAAACGCGCCUGCAUUCAAGCCCUUAUCUCGAAGGCUGGGCAAGAAGCCAGUCAUAGCAGCGGUCAAUGGUCUCGCGAUGGGCGGUGGAUGCGAAUUCGUCGUCAACUGCGACCUCGUCGUCGCCGCAGACGACGCCUACUUCGGCCUACCAGAAGUCAAGCGCGGCAUCGCGGCAAUAGGUGGCGCCCUGCCACGACUCAUCCGCACGAUCGGUCUCCAGCGAGCGAGCGAGUUCGCCCUGACGGGGCGCAAUGUAUCAGCGCAAGAGAUGGAACAAUGGGGAAUUGUGAACAAGGUGGUGCCCAAGGACAAGGUCGUUGAGGAAGCGGUACGUUAUGCGCAGAUGAUCGCCGUCAACUCCCCGGACGCCAUCAUCUGUACCAGAGCUGGGCUGAGACAAGGCUGGGAGACGGCGGCAGUCGAGAGAGCAGUCGAAUGGACACUCGAGAAGGAAUUCGCGGAACUGCAAAAGGGGGAGAACAUCCUCGAGGGCCUCAAGGCAUUCUCUGAGAAACGGGAACCCCGGUGGAAGGGCAGCAAGCUGUGA